UCAGUGCAAAGACCUUGGGGUGAGAGUAAACCCACCUCACGCACACCAGGCUAGUGUCGGACACGAACAAGGUUAGCAGGCAGAGGUUAGCCCAGCACAGGACCAAAUUCUGCAGAUCUUUGUGGCAUUCUAUUUUGGAGUCAAGGGCCUGGAGCGUGAUAGACAAGUACUCUGCCGCUUACUCGCGGCUUCAAGGCAGCUGCUCUCUGACUGAGCUGUGUAUCUGUCCCUCUCUUUACUGCUUGAGACAGAGUCUUAGUAAAUUGCCCAGGCCGGCCUUGAAUGCACUCUGUAUCCAAGGCCAGCCUCUAAUCUCCAGUCCUCCUGCCUCAGGCUCCUUGGUAACUGGGGUGACUGAUCUGUACCAUCACCGCCCCCACUGAUGCCUGGACUUGUAUCUUGAAAGAAUCAAGAACUCAGAGACUGGAGGAACUUGGCUGGCAGGUUCACAAGUUCUGUGUCCCUGCGAGCAGUUGGAGAAGUAGGAAACUCAGAAGGAAGGCCACUGUGACAUUCUUUGUGGGAGAUGGUGGCGGCAAGGCCAGCAUGGUGACUGCCGAUGUGCUGGGCACUGGUCGGUACUGUCCGCGCGCUGUCCUAGCUGAGGCUUGCGGCCGCACCACUUCUCACCGCUGGGUGGCGCGUCCCGCCUGGGCACGAACUCACCCCUUGCCCGGUCUACCCCAAAGCUUCUUUCACUUUCGGUCUUUGGCUGUCACCAAUUUAGUCUUUCCACACCCAGCUGGGGCAAGCCUGACCCUGCCACAGGCAUGAGGGGUCCCCGGCCGAGAUGACAGUGCUGGUGCCAGCCUGGAGUCCACAUUCCUCCCUGCUGCUGCUGCUGUUGCUGCUGAGUCCUUGUCUGCGGGGGACACCUGACUGCUACUUCAGCCACAGUCCUAUCUCCUCCAACUUCCACUUGAGGAUCAGCGAGCUGACUGACUACUUGCUUAAAGAUUACCCAGUCACUGUGGCCAUCAACCUUCAGGACGAGAAACACUGCAAGGCCUUGUGGAGCCUCUUCCUGGCCCAGCGCUGGAUGGAGCAACUGAAGACUGUGGCAGGAUCUGAAAUGCAAAAACUCCUGGAGGCAGUCAACACGGAGAUACAUUUUGUCACCUCAUGUGCCUUUCGGCCUCUUCCAGAAUGUCUUCGCUUCGUCCAGACCAACAUCUCCCACCUCCUGCAGGACACCUGCACGCAACUGUUGGCUCUGAAGCCCUGUAUGGGGAAGGCCUGCCAGAAUUUUUCUCGGUGCCUGGAGGUGCAGUGCCAACCAGAGUCCUCUACCCUGCUACCCCCAAAGAGUCCUGUAGCCCUAGAAGCCACUGGGCGUCCAGAGCCUCCAUCCCGACAAUUGUUUCUUCUGCUGCUGCUGCCUCUCACGCUUUUUCUGCUGGCAACUGCCUGGUGCCUUCACUAUCAGAGGGCAAGAUGGAGGAAAAUGUUCCGCCCUGGGGUGCCCCUCAACUCCCAUCCCUAGAAUACGAAACUUGUGCAGCGUUGACUCCGCCAAGGUCUUAUCUCGAAGCUGAAGCAGUAUCUCAAGCCUGAAUUGCAGAAAUCCUACGUCAAAAGCCAAAAACAACGACAAAAGGUUCUGUUUGUUUUCUGAGGCCUCCAAUGGCCCUGCGUCGGCACUGGGUAAUGCUCCAUAGAACCCUGAUGUGAGGCUGAGGCAGGAACAGCCCAAUUCCCCAAGAUCAUGACAGCAAAGUGGCAGGAAAGCCAAGUGUUGGAGACUCCAGGUAGAAUCGACUCAAGCUGGGAUGUGUGGGGAGGUUCUCACGGUGACUGCCAAAUCGACUUGUUUGGCUUUUUGUUUGCUUUGGGGGGCUAUAAAUGCACAGCAGGGAGGGUAUCUCAGAUAAUGUGCACAGCAAAGCUUUUGGAAACAGAAGCAGGUGGAUGCAUCUCAGGAACCUGAAGUCCUUCUUUUUUCCCCCAACUCUUUUUUGUUUGUUUGUUUGUUUGCUUACUUUGUUUUCGAAACCAGGUUUCUCUGUAGCUUUGGAACCUGUCCUGGAACUCCCUCUGUAGACCAGGUUGGCCUCGAACUCACAGAGAUCCGCCUGCCUCCGCCUCUCGAGUGCUGGGAUUAAAGGUGUUUCCCCACCGCCCGGCUCCCCGAACUCCGCCCGGCUCCCCGAACUCUUAUCUUCGAUAACUAUUUCCAUCUGUUUAAUACUGGGAGACUGCUAAGCUCAGAAAAGGCCGGCAAUUGUCUUGCACACCAUGAGGGUGAAGGGAGGAAACACAAAUCGCUAUGGUUCUAACGCAACACGGGCGAGCCGGCCAGGACUGAUGCACGCCCCCUUAUGGCCACCACGUGUUCUGCAACCGUCGUUACUUGAGGGGAGCAAUGGCGCUCCACACAGCGGACGUCUGACUGGAGACGAGCACUCCCUCCAAAAUAUGGCCGCCGGGGCUGGACGGCCUUGUCCCUCUGAAGCCGCCUCGGGAUCCACGUGAUCUCUCGCCCCGCACAGACAUGGCCGCCAAGGGCUAACUCAAAACGGUGUCCUGAUUGGACAAUAUAAAGAUGACCCACCUUCCAGU